GGAAUUGGCCAAUCACAAAUGUUGUAAGAUGCGAGAGGGGAGUGAUGGUCUCUAGUCAGCUUUUGUCACGUCAACCAACGACUGUCAUACACUAGGGUGACUAUGUAGGUGAUCUCCAGAAUAAUGUUUUGGCGGGUCACGUUUAAACAACUCUGUUGUCAUUAAAAGGGCAAACAUAACAUUCAGGAUGCAGAUGAACUGCUUCCUGUAUUCAGCAUGAUUUGGUGAUUUACAUCAAGCGAAUCAGCUGUUGACAGGGGUCGGCUUUCCAGUGAUCGGUCUUGUCACAAACACAUCAAGUAUUUUUACAGCGCACUCCUGUCAACGAUUCUAGAAUUUCGUAAAGUUGUCUGGUAGGGAGUUGGCAAAGGAUUGGUCAGAACAGUCACCGGUCAUUUCGCCCCAGCCAUACCGACCCACUGCCUGAGUCAAAUCAUUUCAACCAUGACUACAUCCAAAGAAAGACCACAUCAUCCCAACACCGAAAGCAGAAUCAUCCCAAGCUCAAAAAUAUCUAUGGGUACGUGACUUCACCAAUCAGCAAAAAGUCAAUGGAUGCUGUUAUAGCCAAGGUCAAUUCUAGCUGGUCACAUGUGCUGGACUGGACCUAUGCUGGGGUUGACUACAGCCUUCCUGGUAAUGGAGGAGAGGACUGUGCCCGUUUCCUCAGUCCCACACAGCGUCUGCUGGAAAGUAUGCUGGCUACGCUGUUAGGUCUUUUGACCAUGCGGCUGGCAUAUCCUAAGCUGACCCUUCCAGCCACGAAGGUUCGUGUCUUGACAGAGAAAGAGACGACCUGGAAGCGAAUUUUGCUGGUAUUGAUGUGCUUAACAUGGGGGUGUGAGCUGGGCUUCAAAUUUGCCACACGACAGAUGAUCUGGAUUUUUAACCCAUGUCAUAUAGCCACAGCAGUUCAGAUCUACCUGCUGGCAGCAGGACCCAGCAAAGCUGUAACAGCUGUAUUCCGUUUGCACAUGCACAUGUUAACUGGUGCUCCUAUAGCCAUUCUCUUUCCUGUCAUCAACACUCGUCUGCUGCCAUUUGAAACAGAGGUCUAUUAUAUACAGCAUGUGCUGAUGCUAGUUAUUCCCUUCUACCUCAUGCAUCUUGGAGAUCCUUACAUUCCGGAAAGACUGGGGGACUUCAGCUGGGCAGCCAUGGCUGGGGGACUGCUCUUUAUCUACCAUUUCUGUCCACUGCAGCUGCUGGCACUGCAUGUCCAUGUGCCUUCUGUGCUGGUACUGGCGGCAUCGCUGAUCAAUCUGAACAACAUGCUAUGUCCUGCUGUGUCAGACCCCUUCCAUGGACCGUAUUACCGCCUAUAUGCGAUGGCACAUCAGAUAAUCUUGAUCCCCUCAUUGGGUAAGAUCUAUGCAGCUCUGGCCCGACGUCUGGGUUGGUGUCCAUACGAAGCUGAAUCUUCUAUCGCCAUUCUCAUCAAAGAAGAAAUAGAUUGUAUGGAUGUUUCAUCUUGUCAAGAGGAAAAUGACAAGAAAAAGCUUAAUUCCAGUGUUUCUGACUGUGGAAUUGUUGAGCAGAAUGGAUCAAGCAAAUGGCAACCAGAAGAAUCUUUUAGACUUGGGGAUAAGGAUUCAGAAACAUGCAUGGAGGAACUAUGGCACAGGAAAGCUAUCAGCAAGCUUGCCUGUGAUGAAUCAGAUAUGAAUGAUUCAGGGACAAUUGAAGAAACACCAAGGAAUGGCCACAUAAAAGAAAAAGACCACUAAUUUGAGCAUUUCCCAUUUGGUUCUUUCUCUGUCUGCUGUUUCCAGUUUUGUUUUGUCUUGUUUUGUUUGUUUGUUGUUGUUUUUUUUGCUAAUUACCAUAUGUCCUUGAAACUUUGUUUCUUUAAGGCCCAAUGCCUUGCACCCUCAAUUUCUGAUAUUUCCUAGAGAUUUCUAUGGAAACAAACUAUUCUUCCUUGCUCAGGGUUUUUUGUUUUGCUGUUGUUGUUUUAGUACUCAUCCACUGUUAUCUUUGAGCUGGCCAAGAGUCGUAUACAAUUCUCCAUCAGAGAAGUCUACACAGUUCAGGUCAAUGAUAGUACUUAGUCAGGUAGUAGUUCAGAUACUACUUUCAAUCACAAUUCUUCCAAUAUCUGAUUGGAUUUUAUUGUUUCAACUGCUGUUUUUGAUGCAAACAAAAAACAAAGUUUUCAACAAAGAUUUUUUCAGACCCCUCAUGUCUUGUAUCUAGUUACAGAUUUAGCUAAGAGUAAGGCACUUCUCAACUUUUUGUCACAAGUUCAGAUAGAGGGUUAGGUUGUGCUCUUGUGUAUUGCUGGAAAUGUGAGCAGGUGUGGAUGGUUGUACCAGAGGGUAACGAUGUCAUACAGUGCAAUCAUACUUUAUGUGAAAUGCUCAAUGUGCUUGGAAAAAUAAUUUGUUUUAUAUGUAGGUCAGUGGGGGAAUAUGCAUGUGCCUGAGUUGUGGUACCUGCGUGUGUGUGUGUGUGAUGCAUCCCACUAAGUCAAUGCAUGUUGUUACGCAUUCCUAAAAUAUCUGUGUACAAUGUACAUAGAAUAUACAACCAGAAGAUGUGUUGCUUUAAUUUUUAUAGUAUUUAGUUUAUAUAUUUUUGUCUUCACUUGGUUGAUGUUAAAUGUGAUCCAUAUUUGUUAGUGCUGAGGUUCAUUUUGCACCCAGUCCAAGACUGAAGGGUUAUACAUCUGAUCUAUGCACAACUGAUUUAUGAUACAUCACAUUGAAAUAAUACAGAUUGGAAGAAACUUGCUGAUGUGAAUGCUCGUUAAACCAGCUAUGACUGUGGAAGUUUUCAAAAUAUUUAGUAGAACACCUGGCAAUCUGAUGGCUUUUUAAAGAUGUAGUUGAAAAGUCUAAGUUUGUUGUUUAAAGUAAUUGAAAUGGAACAGAAUACAAAGUCAUAAAAAGUAUCCUGUAAGAGACAUGCAUGAGUAAAAUAUGGAGAGGUAUAACAGUAGAAUGUGGAGAAGUAUAACUGUGAAGUGUGGAGCAGUAUAACAGUAGAAUGUGAAAAAGUGGAACAGUCAAAGAAAGGCUUGAGAGAUUUCUAAAAGUGCAGGCUUGCAGAAAGGUAAAAGUAUAAACAUGAUCAAAUGGAAUUAUGGUAGUUUGAUAGUACUUUAUGAAUGCAUUUAAUGUUAUCUUGUAGACAUAGGUGGGACUUGAGUCAAAUGAGUCAUGAUAUAAAACUAGUCCAAGAACUUGCAAGAAAAUUGGAAUUUCUUGAACAGAUACUGAGUGUUUCAACAUUGGAAUGUCUUUAACUGCAGUAUUGGAUGACAUGCAGAUACAGAGUAUUUCAACAGUUGAGGUUUGUGGAAAAUCUUUUGUUCAGUUAGACAACAUUUUUGUUCACAUGGUUAUGCUGGCAUUGAGCCAGAUUUUCUGUGUUUUAAACACUUUAUCAUGAGUUUCUUCAUUAUCACUUUGUAGUAGCACAGUAUAUUUGUGUUCAAACAGAAAAUUAAUAAAACACAAAUUAUGCAUAAUCAACACUGUGUGGCAUACAGUUAAUUCAGGCAAGUUGUAUGCUGAUAAAUUUGGGGAUUUUAUUUGUGACAUUUUUCCCUUAAAGAUAAAUCUCAAGCCAUUCUAAAAAUAAUUUUGCAUUUAUGCCUGAUCUGGCAGAGGGAUAAAGUUGAAAGUUAGUGCAAUGGUGUCUGUCUCAUCAUGCUGUACCAAAGGUGUUCUUUCUAACUGAACAUGCUUUAGUAUGUGUUUAGCCCUCAUGGGGAUUCAGUGAAAAUACUAAUGCAUGCAGGCAAGCACCCAUACAUAUAUCUACAUAUGGAUACAAAUCAUAGACCUUGAAUUUACCAGGUGCUGGAUAUUGGGAAAUGACAAUAUAUUUAUAGUCUGAUAAAUGAUAGUAGUGCAACCAGAGAUUUCAUGAAUCUUUGAAGACAAGAUGCAAAUUUUUUUGUGCUUGUGAUGUUAUUUCUUGUUAAUACCUGUAUUAUUCACUCAGGGUUUUUACUGAACCCAAGUCUACGAUUGUGCAACAUUAAAUCAGUGUCUUGUGACCAAGCUCAAAUGAAGCAAAAAGACAUAGUAACACUUGCUGUUUGGCGAAACAUCUGCAUUUGCAUAGGGAUACUUUUAUAUACAGCCAAUCAGUGUGUUCUUGUCUCAACUUUAUCCAGUAAUUAAAUUAUCUUAAAAAUUUGUUGCUUAUUGUUUAUUUGCUUUCUUAAGUUAUUUGCAUAUAAAGUUGCAUUCUUUUGGACAGAUGAUUCUUCUGUCAAGCUUGCUUCUGGAUUAUGAAGCUAGAUUACUGCUUUAACAUUUCACCCAUUGAUCCCCACUCCCAAAAUGACAUGUUCCCAACACUGUUAUUUUGACUAAAUGUAAAUCUUUUGUUACUGCACUAACCAGCUAAGUAGUGGUUAUGGGACAAUAGUCUCUGGGUUCAGAGGCCUGUAAUGCCUGUCUCAGUAAGCACCAUCGAUGACAUUGAUGGUAUUUUGGUCUAUAGCCAUCCGUAGAUGUUGGGAGCUUUCGCUUUCACUUCUUGCUUCUCGGGGUAAUUAUUACAAGCAUCCAUGAGCAUCAUGAUGGUUGCCAUUUUAGGUGAUUGUUAAAGUGUAACUUGCAAGCUUUUUACCAGCAGCAGCAGUAUUCUGGAGGCUUUGUUUUAUUAAAAUCUACUAAAAUGUGAUUUUGUUGUUGGCAGGGACCACAUUGUAUGAUCUUUUCCACAAGUCUUUUGUAGUUUAUAUUUGAGAAACUGGUGACAUUGAUUCACCUGCUUAGUGACUUAACAUUGUAUGUCAUUUAUAAUGGAAACCGUGACAAUGAAAAGAAUUCAAACUCGUUAGCAGCAAACUGGUUACAUUCUGAAGCAAAGUUCAUGCAUGCGGGUUUUGUAAUCUGUGUAUGUUAUCUAACAGGUACCUUCAGUUUCAUCUGUACAUGUGGAGUGGUGGAACUGAUCAUCUUUGAUCUAAUUCUCACGGUGAUUGAAUUCUCAGAUUGUAUACACAGUUUUAUUUCAUUAAAAUUGCUUUUAGAAAAUAUCUUUUGAAGAGGAAUUUAAUUAAUUUAAUUCAUCAGUGCACAUACUGGAGAGAUAGACAUGCUUUUUACCAUAUGCCAACCUCUUGCUCAAGAUUUUGAAGAGGGCUGUGACAAAAGCAAGGGAUACUAUACUGCCCACCUCUCUACAGAGAACCAUGUGCGGAACAUAGAACUCAAUGAGUAUUGACACCAGAACCUCAUCAGAUAUAGUGAUGUUGCUUUGGUUGUGGUUGAGGUUUUUGUAAUCUGAAGUCUCUAGCUUUGUUGGCAUCAGAGUGGUUAUAGUCUACAAUUUUUGGCCUUUCUGCUACAGUCACGAUUGGUAGAGAUUUCACUGAGACGUCAGAUGUAAAAAAUCUAAACAUGAUUUAGCUAAUUGAAGAACUUCAUAACUUCUUCAUAGUCUGCAGUGAAAGAUACAAGAUGAUCCAAUGGGAGUGAAAAGAUAGAUGAACAGAAGCAGCACCGGACAGUGCAAAUCAUUACUGUGCUGGUGCAAACAAAAUUCUUUGAGUGGUGCCUGGAUGUAAGUUUUAAUUGUUGUUAAAUUUAAUAAUGUGGACAUGCUAAUUUUCAAAGUGUUCCUUAAUGUUGUAUUUAAUCAUUUGUUUACAUUGUACUUUUUGUUCAGUAUUAGCUGCCACAGACAAACUCUGCCUGAUUUGACAAUCUGCACCUUGAGUCACAAAGAUUUGUUUAUAGGCCAGACACAGUAGGUUUUUACCAUUUUGAUUUUGAUGGUUUUCACACUUGUGACCAACGCCACUCUGUACAUGUCUGCCUGCCUCUAUAACUGAGAAGUCAGCAAGUCCAGAUAUGCUAGGGAGAUAAGUUGUACUUUUUUGGGAGGACAGGAAGAAUGGAUUGUGGCCUAGUCACUGCUGCAGUGAAUAAUCACCAGGGUUGGCAGGUGCCAUAUUUCUAUGGGACUAGUUUAGUCCUUGUUACUCCUCGAGAAGCAUAGGUCGUCCGACUCUAUGGGACUAACAGUUUAAUAAUUUGUGCAUCGAACUUUGAUAAUUGUGGAGAUGGAUGGAUUUUUUAUAAUGGAUGAAAGACAAGUUUCAUGUAGCACAACAGUACCACAGUGUUAUAAAGUUCCUGUGAUCUUCCUGAAGUUUUAUUGAGAUUUCUGUUUGCUAUUUAUAGUUUUUUGUUGUUUAUUGGUUUUCAUUUUAAACAUUCUCCUGUUUAUGCUUUGGAAUUCUUGUUUUUAAAAAGUUAUCAACAAUACCACAAACUGUCUUUUUAGGUCGUGUUCAGUGGGUAGUCCCAUUUGUUAUAUUGUUGUAAACCAUGAAUGUUUCAUCCUCAAAUGUGCAUUCAUUUAUCAUUUUCUUUCUAUGGUGCUUCUUGGCCCUAUAAUUCUUGCUUCAACAAAUUUCUAUUUCUUUUUUUUAAAUCAGAUUUUCUUGUAGAUGAACAUGGUUAGGGACAUUGGAUAUUUAAAAGCACAUCAGUUUGUAAAUAAUUAGUCCCUGUUUCAUCAUUUUUGUUACCUCCUUGGCACUAACUACGAAUGUCAGACUUGGAAUUGCAAAAUAGUUCAUGUUAGAGCAACCUAUUUGAUCAGAAAUGCAGAGUAAAGCUCAAGGUUAAAUCCAAGGAAGUUAAAACUGAGAUAAUAGUCCACCAAUAAAGCAGAUAUGACAUACUCACUGGUAAAGAGAUUUUGGCGACUUUUUAUUUCAAUCUGUUGCUCCUUUAAUUUGUGGUGACGGACUAUUCCUGUGUGAAUGUUUAUCUAAAAGUGUUCUCCUUUUUUUACUGUAAUUAUUGUGUUUAUCUCGACUGUUUGCAUGUAGUAUGCUGUGUUGAGAUUUCGUGGGCCUGCUGUGGUUUGCCUAAAGAUUAAAUUCUAAAAAAUGAAAA